AUGGCACGCGGUCGUUUCAGAGGCCGCGGAGGCGGCGGCGGUGGCGGACGUGGGCGGGGUCGUGGUAGAGGCGGUGGUGGUGGUGGCGGGGGACGGCAGUAUGUCGAUAACCGACAGUCGUUCGAAGACGUGAACAAGCACAAUGAGAAGAUGGAGCGCUUCUACAACACCAUCGACAUUGUACCGUCUGGAGCUGAUCGGGAUGCUUUCUGGGCCGCAUUACGAACAGAAUUGCCAAACUCGUUUCGCUUCACGGGCUCCAAGGGUCACGCACUCAGCGUUCGUCGGAACCUCGUCGAGCGCUUUUUUCCUGUCAUCUCACAGAUCAAGCAUGAAGGGAAACCAGUCGCACUACCGCAGGUCAUGCCAUGGUAUCCGGAGGGUCUGGCGUACAGUAUGACGACGCCAAAGAAUGUUAUCAGGAAGUAUGAGCCUUUCAAGGAGUUUCAGAAGUUUCUGGUCAGCGAGACUGGCGUUGGGAACAUCAGUAGACAGGAGGCUGUCAGCAUGAUCCCACCGCUACUGCUGGAUGUGCGGCCUGAACAUACUGUGCUCGAUCUUUGUGCGGCACCAGGCAGCAAGAGCGCCCAGCUGGUCGAGGCUGUGCAUGCUGGCGAAGAGGAGCGAGUGGAGAAGGCUAUCAAGAGAGCCAAAGGUGGCGAGAGCGUGGAAGGUGAUGGUCUGGGACUGUUUGAGGAAGAGCAAGGCCGCUCUACAGGCUUGUUGAUUGCGAACGACGUCAAUUAUCAACGCGCGCAGAUGCUGGUUCACCAGGUCAAGCGGCUUAACUCGCCGAACUUGAUCGUCAUGAACCAUGAUGCGACGAUGUUUCCUUCGAUUGAGCUGCCGUCGACCUCAACGUCCGGCCAGCAGAAGAAGGGACGGUAUCUGAAGUUCGAUCGAAUCCUAGCAGACGUACCAUGCUCCGGUGACGGCACAUGUCGCAAGAACCCAUCCAUUUGGAAGGAGUGGUCCCCGCAGAAUGGCUUAGGUCUUUACAUCACCCAAGUGCGCAUCCUCACGCGAGCAUUGCAGAUGCUGAAGGUCGGUGGCCGUGUCGUCUACAGCACUUGUAGCAUGAACCCGGUCGAAGACGAAGCGGUCGUUGCAUCCGCGAUUGAGCGCUGCGGCGGUGUGGCCAAGGUUAAGCUACUCGAUUGCAGCAACGAGCUACCAGAGCUUGUGCGUUCCCGUGGACUUACAGACUGGUCCAUUAUGAGCCGUACCGGCCAGAUCUACGAGUCAUGGGCCGAGGCUGAGCAAUAUGAGCCGGAUGGCAGCAAAGUUGCGCCGGGCAUGUUUGCUCCGGAGGAAGCCGAGAACAUCCCACUCCAGCACUGCAUGCGAGUCUAUCCGCAUCAGCAAAACACAGGAGGCUUCUUCAUUGCGGCACUGGAGAAGCUAAGCGAGAUCCGGGCGAAGCCGGAGGCGGACAGCAAGUGCAUGAACAAGCAGUGGGCCUUCAGUAUCCCAUCCGCCGACGGCGAGGGUGCAACGAACACUGCGUUUGGCGAGCUGAUGGCUGACGUCAGGAGUGAACCUGUCGAUGAGCAUGGCCACCUCCACAAAGCUAACGGUGAGCCGGUGCAUGGCGAUGGCAAUGUUUCUGCUGCACAGCGGCAGAACUCGCCAGACACUAACGGCGUGAAGCGGAAGGCGGAAGAUGUGGAAGACGAGAUCGACACCAAGAAGGUGAAGCUUGGUGAUGAGCCUGACGAUUCUACCGCUACAGCGGAUACGUCACGUCGUGAACGCUGGCCCUUGCCACCCUCGGUCGCCAUGGCCGUGAAAGCUGAAGGCGGCGAGCCAGGCUCGGAUGUCGUGAAGCCCGAAGUCUCUUCUGACGACGCGCACAUACAGCGUGAAGUCCAGGACGCAGCCGCCAAUGCUCCCUUCGACUCAUCGCUCCCCCGCCAAGCUCACCCUCUGCCAGCCAAGCCACCACUCACAGAACAGCAGUCGAAGCUGCAACAGCAACAGCAGCAGAUCAAGCAAGAACAACCCUCACAACCAACCCACAACCCGCGUAAGCGCGGAGGCGACAACCAAGCCGCACUCGAAGCCUUCAAAUACCUAACCCCCGACCACCCAGAACUACAAGGCAUUUAUGCUUUCUACCAACUCCACCCCUCGUUCCCCCGCACGCGCUUCCUCGUGCGCAACCCUGCCGGCGACCCAGUGAAGGGGAUCUACUACUCGUCCGCCCUGGUCAAGGACAUACUGACCCUGAACUCCGAAGGCAAAGGCAUGAAGUUCGUGCACGCCGGCGUGAAGAUGUUUAUGAAGCAGGACGCGCAAGGGCAGGAGGGGGUGUGUCGAUGGCGCAUCCAGACGGAGGGGCUACCUAUCAUUGAGGGAUGGGUGGGCGAUGAUCGCGUGGUAAGGUUGAGGCGGAAGAAGACAUUGAGGAAGUUGUUGGUGGAGAUGUUCCCCCGUGUCGGGAGGGUGAAGGGGGAAGGAGGGGCGGGGAAGGAGGGUUGGGAGGAGUUGGGCGAGAUUGGGACGCAGGUGCGGGAUAUGGGGAUGGGGUGUUGUGUGCUGCGGGUUGAGGCGAGUGGGGAGGAGGAUGGGUUCAAGGAGGGAGAGGAGAUGGCGUUGCCGGUUUGGAGGAGUUUGAAUUCGGUCAACCUCAUGUUGCCGAAGGAGGAGCGGAAGGCGAUGUUGUUGCGGAUUUUCGAUGAGGAUCCCGAGUUGAUCAAUCAUUCUGAGCAGGGGAAGCAAGGGGGCCAGAGGAACUUGUCUGGGGAGCAGCCAAGCGCCAAAAGGCAGGAGGGAGUCAAGCGUGAAGAUCAGGCUUCGGCAGUUAAGGAGGAGGAUGCGGAGCGGAAGCCUGUCAAGAACGAGGGUGGGCAGACAGCCGGGUCUUCGUCGGCAGAGGGACUGACUAAGGAGUUCGAAGCGAGGCUGGAGCAGGCGGAUGACUCUAUGCCGGCCGAUGACUUUACGUCUGGAGUUGGUACUGCGGAAGCGGUCACGGAGGCGGAACUUGACGGUUCCGCGCGUGCUUUGGAGGCGAGUGCGUUAGCGGAGAGGGAUCGGAUGGAAGCGGAGCGGUUGGAGGAGAUGGAGGAUGAGAAUACGAAGAUUGUGAAUGCGAUGCCGGAGAGGGAUGACCGAACGCGGACGAUGUUUACUAUGCCAAACGCUACUCUGCUGAGCGUCUACGAACUGUUCAUCGCGUUGCAAUCACUUGCAUCCACGGAUCUUGUAUCCCUCUCCCUCGCAAGAUGCCUAAUCCUCUCCGACACCCACGGCGAGGACGUGGACAUACCCGCCUCCGAACGCUUCGACGUCGUGGUACACUGUGGCGACCUUACUGAAGAGUCCAAACUAGCGGAGUUUCGAGUAGCACUCAAUACGCUUCGAGCAAUUAACGCGCCUCUCAAACUAGUCAUACCAGGCAAUCAUGACUUCACCCUGGACACGCCCAAGUUCAAACAGAAACUCGCCGACGCUGGUCUUGCCGCAGACGAUGAACGUGUGAAGCGGGCGUAUGGCGUGGAGGGAGAAGCGAAGGCGUUCUUCGAAACGGACGAAGCUCAAGCCGCUGGCAUCAACCUACUAAAUGAAGGUAGCAGCCGAUUUAUCCUGGCAAACGGGGGCGAACUGACCGUCUUCUCAAGUCCGUACACCCAGUCUUUGCACGCAGAUUGGGGCUUCCAGUACCGUGUCGGCGAGGAACACGAGUGGGAUAUCGAACCGGGCACGGAUAUCGUUAUGACGCAUGGUCCGCCUCGGGGCGUACUGGACUAUACCGACUCGCGGCAACGAGCUGGCGCUGCGGAUCUUUUCGCCGCGAUCGCCCGGGCGAGACCGAGGGUUCAUUGUUUCGGGCAUAUUCACGAGGGCUGGGGUGCGAAGAAAGUGACUUGGCGCGAUGGGGUGGCGGAGGAGAAGGUGUCGCAUUUCACUGCCAUCGAUAAUGACGGGUCUGGGGUUGUUGAGAAUUUAGCUGGGAUUAGGCCGAGGAGUUUCGAUACGGUGGAGGAGGGUAAAGAGAAGGAAGGGAAGCUUGAGGGGUAUAGGCGGAGGGGUUAUUGCGUGGCGACUGCACCGGGGAUGAAUGGGAGAGAGACGCUGUUUGUUAAUGCGGCGAUUGAGGGGAGUGAGGGGUAUCCGCGUCAGUUGCCGUGGCUGGUGGAAAUGGAUUUGCCGGUGCGGUGA